AAAGUUCCUAUCCUGCGCAAACAGCGCAUUCAGCGGAAGGUCGUUUGUUUUCCUCAAUGUGGUUGAUCUUAGCGUCGCUGAAAGUGUUAGAAACUGUUAUAAACAGUUAUUAUCGAAGUGAAAACACUACAUUUUACUGUAACUGAGGAUCUAAGUGCUGUUUCUGGACAACAAACAGCUGGUUCGUUGUUGCUGUGUCUUUCUGAGGGCAGUUUACUGGGUCUUUACGGAUUUGGAGAAGAAACUGGAAGCUGUGGAUAUUUAAAGUUGCAUGUUGGUGAAAAUGUCGUCUAAGUCAAGCUCUAACAGCAUGGCCCUGGCGAGGAGGACGGUACAGCAGCUCCGGGUGGAGGCCAGUAUCGAGAGGAUAAAGGUGUCCAAAGCUUCAGCUGAUCUCAUGCGCUACUGCAGUGAACAUGCCAAGUACGAUCCGCUUCUCAUGGGCAUCCCGGCUUCAGAAAAUCCCUUCAAAGACAAAAAACCCUGCACUUUAUUGUAGUCACCGGCCAUCGUCUUCUCUCUUAUUUAAUCAACAUUGCCACUGAACACUGCCUUAACUCCACGCCGUGUUAACAUCAAUCAGCUCUAAUCACAGACGAACACGAGCAUCCGUGUGUGUUGGGAAUAACGUACUGUGUGUGUUGGGAAUAACGUACUGUGUGUGUUUGUUGUUUAAUGCUGAACAUAAUGCAUUCCGGGGAAUUUGAGCAAAACUGUGCCAUGAAAUUAAUGUUUUGGUAAAUAAUUUUGUCCUCAGUAUUGAACAGCUCCUAUCAACUUGUGGAAGUUGUUUGAAUCUUUAAACAUAAACUAAAAAGAUAAUAAUUUAAAUUAUUACGAGUGACACAUUUAAAAUAGCCGGUGAUAUAGUUAUAGUUAUGUGUAGAAUUUUAGAACUUUAGAUGUGCUUUUAUAUGAAACACUAAACAACACAAUGAUUUUUACUAUAAAAAGGAGUGUGUUACCUUUAAACACAGAGGCCACACCCCUUUCGUUUUUUUAGUGCUGACAAUUGAUGUAUCUCUCACUCUCUCUCUCUCUCUCUCUCACACACACACACACACAAUUUGAUAUGACAAGGAAAGGUUAGACUUCGAUAAUAAAGCUGAAAUCACAAAGUGUCUAGCACUACAGUACAUACCACAGUGUUCAUUGUACUUGAAGCUACGAGAACAUCAGAUUAUAUAAUUAUAUCUGAUUACAUCUGAUUACAUCACACUGCAGCUUUCACAUCAUAGUGCACCAGAGAAAAACACCUCCUUUGUCCCACUGACCUCAAACACUCGACUGUAUCACCUUGGCUUGCAAAAUGAACGUUAGGACAAGUUAUAUUUAGUUUUUUUUUUUCUGGAUGUUGUGAUAUUGUUGGAUUUCCAUGUACAGAACAGUUUGUGUUAUAGCAGAGGGAAUAAAGGAUAAACUGAAGAA